AUGUGUGGCAUUUUUGGUUACAUCAACUACCUGGUGGAGAAGGACCGCAAGUUCGUGGUCGACACACUCAUCAACGGUCUGUCCCGUCUUGAGUACCGUGGGUAUGACUCGGCCGGCUUCGCCAUUGAUGGCGACAAGAAGAAGGAGGUGUUCGCGUUCAAGGAGGUCGGCAAGGUCGCCAAGCUGAAGCAGCUCACCGACGAGUCGGACAUCGACCUGACCAAGGUCUUCGAUUCACACUGCGGUAUUGCCCACACCCGGUGGGCCACUCACGGCCCCCCGUCGCGCGUCAACUGCCACCCUCACAGGUCCGACCCCAACUGGGAGUUUGCCAUCGUCCACAACGGUAUCAUCACCAACUACAAGGAACUGAAGACGCUGCUCGAAAGCAAGGGCUUCCGCUUCGAGACCGAGACCGACACCGAAUGCAUUGCGAAGCUCGCCAAGUACAUUUACGACCAACACCCGAAGGUUGGCUUCACCGACCUUGCCAAGGCUGUUAUCAACGAGCUGGAGGGCGCCUACGGUCUGCUGAUCAAGAGCGUGCACUACCCCCACGAGGUCAUUGCUGCUCGCAAGGGUUCCCCACUGGUCAUUGGUGUCAAGACCCAGAGGCGCAUGAAGGUCGACUUUGUCGAUGUCGAGUACGCCGAUGAAAGCAACCCGCUCCCGGCCGAGACCGCCGCCCAGAAUGUGGCCCUAAAGAAGACCGCGGCCGGCGGCAGCUUCUUGUCCCCCAACAGCUUGCUGGGUGCUCCCGACAAGUCGCUCCUCCACCGCUCGCAGUCCCGCGCCUUUAUGACCGACGACGGCCUGCCGAUGCCCACCGAGUUUUUCCUGUCGUCCGACCCGUCAGCCAUUGUUGAGCACACCAAGAAGGUCAUGUACCUCGAGGACGACGACAUUGCCCACAUCCACGAGGGCUCGCUCAACAUCCACCGCCUCAAGAAGGCUGAUGGCAGCAGCAACGUCCGGACUAUCCAGACGCUCGAGCUCGAGCUGCAGGAGAUCAUGAAGGGCAAGUUCGACCACUUCAUGCAGAAGGAAAUUUUCGAGCAGCCCGAGUCCGUCAUCAACACGAUGCGUGGCCGUCUCGACAUCGGCAACCAAACAGUGACUCUCGGUGGUCUCCGGAACUACAUCAGCACGAUCCGCCGCUGCCGUCGUAUCAUCUUCAUCGCCUGCGGUACCUCGUAUCACAGCUGCAUGGCUGUCCGUGGUAUCUUUGAGGAGUUGGCCGAGAUCCCGAUCGCCGUGGAGCUUGCGUCCGAUUUCCUCGAUCGCCAAGCCCCAGUAUUCCGUGACGACACCUGUGUGUUUGUGUCGCAGUCUGGUGAGACGGCUGACUCUCUCAUGGCCCUGCGCUACUGCCUGGAGCGCGGUGCCCUGACCGUGGGCAUCGUGAACGUGGUUGGCUCCAGCAUCUCGCUCCUUACCCACUGCGGUGUCCACGUCAACGCCGGCCCUGAAAUCGGUGUCGCCUCGACCAAGGCGUACACCUCGCAGUUCAUCGCCAUGGUCAUGUUUGCCCUGUCGUUGAGCGAGGACCGUGCGUCCAAGCAAAAGCGCCGCGAGGAGAUCAUGGAGGGCCUGAGCAAGAUCAGCGACCAGAUCAAGGCUGUUCUCGAGCAAGACCAGAAGAUCAAGGAGCUGUGCGCCAAGACCUUCAAGAACCAGAAGAGUCUCCUGCUCCUGGGCCGUGGUAGCCAAUUCAGCACGGCCCUGGAGGGUGCCCUCAAGAUCAAGGAAAUCAGCUACCUGCACUGCGAGGCUGUCAUGAGCGGUGAGCUCAAGCACGGUGUCCUCGCCCUGGUGGAUGAGAACCUGCCCAUCAUCAUGAUCCUCACUCGUGAUGAGAUCUUCAAGAAGAGUCUCAACGCGUACCAACAAGUCGUUGCCCGUGGUGGAAAGCCUAUCGUGAUUUGCAACCCCGGCGAUGAGGAGUUCACCGCCAGCCAAGCGGAGAAGAUUGAGAUUCCCCAGACCGUGGACGUCCUCCAGGGUAUUCUCAAUGUCAUUCCCCUGCAGCUCAUCGCCUACUGGCUGGCCGUCAUGGAGGGGCUCAACGUCGAUUUCCCCCGUAACUUGGCCAAGUCUGUGACCGUCGAGUGA